UUUAGCAGCCAUGAUUGUUUAUGUUGAGAGUGUUGGAGGUUUACCGUGACCGCCUCGACACGUUGUUUAUGCUGUGUUUGCUUCCCUUCUAUCACACUGAAGAUAAGAGUCCUGUGUUGUAAGGAUUAAGCUUGGAAAAGGUGGAGAAUGGUCGAUCUUGAUCUGUAGCCGUGGCGGUCAGAAGGAUGAGUCUCGUGCUGCUUGUUGCUGGCCAAGGAUCAUCCCUUUUGACCACCAGCAUGACACCACCAUGUUGGCAGACUGGAUAUGGACGAAACAUAUUAAUGCGAAAAAAGAAGAAAAAUGAGUGGUGCUCUUCGUUUACUACAUAUUGUUCUGCAAUUCCAUACUGUUUACCCCUUCCUUUGCUGCCGCUGUAUUGUUUAAUCUGCUACGCAUUGGUCCUUCACUUCUGGAAUAUUUUAUCUGUGUUGUAAACUGUUUGUGCUUAUCCAGAAAAUUAUUUAAGAAUUACACCAUUCCGAGAGAAUUAUAUGGUAUAUCUUAAAAAUUCAUUGUUGUUUCUUUCUUUUAUGAAGAUUACAACUGUAGAUUUAUAACUUAGUGAAUUAAAUUAUUUCUUUUGCUGGUUUAAAUGAGAAAAGUUAAACUUAAAAUGGAAAAAUUAAAGAAUUGCCAUUUAGAUUCUCCAAGUGAGCAAGCUUCUAAUAUAGCAAAUACAUCAAAACAAAAGUGGAAAAAAAAGAAAAAGGAAACUCAUAGAGACAUGCAAGGAAUUCGGCAAAAAUCCAGAAGUCCAAAAUCCGAUGUGGAAAGAGAAAUGGCAUUAGAAACAUUAGUAAAGUGUGACAAGCCAAUAUCACCAAAUAUGAAGGGUCAUAUAAGGACAGACAAGUCUCCUCCAACCCGUCUUCACUGUUCUUAUUGCAAUGUUUACUUCAACACCAAGGUGGAGCUUCAAACACAUUGCCGAAGUCAGGAUCAUCAGACCACCAUCAUGUCAGAUGAAGGUCGAGACUGGACUCACCGACCACCACCACGAGGAUUGAGUGCAGAAGAAUACACGCUGUGUACUACUUAUAAGGAUACACACACUUGCCGUUUAGGGGAUCAGUGUAUUGAAGCUCAUAGUGAUGCCGAGCUUGUUGAGUGGCAGGAGCGCUUUGAGUAUCGGGCUAUGAAACUUGAACGAGCGAGGGAAAAACAGUUACAUGGUGCUUCCUAUGCUGAUCAGCUUCUGGAGAGGCUGUCACAGACCCAGCAUCAUGACACAUUACUUUGUGAGAAGAGUGAAGGCAUCAUAACAAACAUGAGUAUGGAGCCCAAUCUGCGUGUGUCACAGAAGCCGAGCAGCCAUGAGUGGGUCAUCAGCCUGCACCCUCUAACACCCAUGCGUGUUGUGUCUUUACUUCAUGAUGCUCACCGAACACACUUCAUAAUUUCUGAAGUAACUCACAUAGUUAAUCAUCGUCACAUUCACAAAUCUUAUGAACCGGAGAAUAACCAGGAGUGGAUAAACACCGAUGCAGAAGCUUCGAUUUAUCAAGAGCAGUCAGUUCACGAAUAUAAAGUCACUAUUAGCUUUAAAACUAUGAUAUAUGGAACAUUUAGGCAAGCAGUUAUCUUUGAUUUUGGCAGUGAACCAGUGCUUAUGCAAAGGUUGUGUGUGGAUGUCAUUCCUGUUGAAGAUCUCAGUGCCCUGGAGGAAACCAAACGCACAAUCCUUACCAGAAGUGAAAGAUGGUGUGAAGAGAACGUUGAAAUUAUUCCAUUUGAUCCCAAACCUCAUGAAUUAAGUGAUCAUGAUAAGAGUAUUUUGGCUGCAUAUCCAGCUCCUACAAAUGAAAAUUUUGUUUUGACCCAGACUUCAAUGGAAAAAUUCCCAACAAAAAGUAACUACCAGAGCAGGUUACACGAUCUACUAAAUAUCGAAGAAUUAGCUCAGUUUGACUUAGUUGCGAGGUUUAACAUUAAAACAACACUCCAGAUUACUAGUAGUUAUUUGCUUUUGCCAUCAACUGCAGCUACUGCAAAGUACUCUCGACCAGGAGAAUUGUUUGGAAAAUUAGAAGUGUCUUCAGAGAUCUCUGAAGAUUCUCAUCAUGGACGGCUUGUUCUCUCAAAUUGUAGUACUAUUCUUGUGGCUCCUGUUAUGGAUAACCCAAAACCUGGUGGUAAAGAAAUUUUAAAUAGCUCAUCAAUGUCAUCAGAAUCUGAGAAAGCUGAAGGUGGGGGUAGAGAGAUUAUGAAAGCAAAACGUCGAAUUUAUGAAGUCCUCAUUGAAGAUAAAACAAAAAAGGAAAUAUACCUUAGAUUUUCUGAAUCUGCUGUUGCUGCCCUUCGUCUUAGUGACGACGAGGAGGUGACAGUGGAAGUUCAAUUCCAAUUGAAUCGUCUGCCAUUGUGUGAAAUGCACGCAGCUCUAGAUCGUCUCCCAUCUUUGGAUAUGAUAUUUCCAGAUGUCACCCUAGAACCUGCAAUUCCAUGGAGUCCUAUCAAUGAUAUGUGUUGUUCCCACAGGCAAUGGGGAGAGAGUCUGGAUGCCAAAUUGAACCCCAAGCAGAAGGAGGCUCUUGUAGCAAUUACUGCACCUAUUGGACUUGUUCUGCCUCCUAUACUAAUAAUUGGGCCUUACGGAACAGGAAAAACCUACACAUUGGCACAGGGUAUCAAACAAAUUCUACAAGAGGCAGGCUCUCGCAUCCUCAUCUGUACACACUCCAACAGUGCUGCUGAUUUAUACAUCAAAGAAUAUCUUCACCCAUAUGUGAUGGCAGGACAUGAAGAAGCGAAACCCUUACGCAUUUAUUAUCGCAAUCGUUGGGUUACAACUGUCCAUCCAGAUGUUCAGAAGUAUUGUUUGAUAGAAAAUGACCAGAGUGUUAGAAGGUUUGUGAUGCCAAGUGAAGAAGAAAUUCUCUCCCAUCGAGUUAUAGUGGCAACACUCAACACUUCCCGAUACAUAGCAUCUCUCAAGCUGGAGAAAGGUGUGUUUUCGCACAUUCUAAUUGAUGAGGCAGCCCAAGCUAUGGAGUGUGAAGCUCUCACUCCACUAGCUUUAGCCAAAGCUGACACUCGCCUCGUAUUAGCUGGUGAUUACAUGCAGCUUAGUCCAGAGGUUUUUUCAAAAUUUUGUGAAGAACGAGGUUUAGGUACAUCUCUACUAGAGCGUCUAUAUGAUCUCUAUGCUGCAGACUCCCCGUGCAAAAUAAUGCUUGUAGAAAAUUACCGCUCACAUUCAGCCAUUAUUAAGUAUACGUCAGACUUGUUUUAUGAUGGUCGAUUAGUAGCAAGUGGAAGACAGACUGCCCAUCCCAAGUUCCAUCCUCUUACGUUUUUUACAGCGAGAGGAGAAGAUUUUCAAGAUCCUAAUUCAACAGCAUUUCACAACAAUUCUGAGGUGUAUGAAGUUUGUGAGCAAGUCGGAGAAAUUAUCAAUCAUUGGCCGAAAAGAGAGUGGGGUCCAGUUGGCGAAGGGUCCAUAGGGGUUGUGACGCCUUACGCUGACCAAAUGGUCCGCAUUAGAGCAGAAUUGAGGAAGCGCAAACUUUACAAGAUCAAUGUGGAAAGGGUUCUUAAUGUACAAGGAAAGCAGUUCCGCGUCAUCAUCCUUUCAACGGUUCGCACUCGUCACACUUGUAAGGCAGGAGAUGAGGGAUUAGAUUUUGGGUUUCUCUCAAAUGCCAAGUUGUUAACCACUGCCAUAACCCGAGCUCAGAGUUUGGUUGCUGUUGUUGGAGAUCCGGUAUCACUCUGCUCAGUUGGAAAAUGCAGGAAACUUUGGGAGAGAUUUCUACAGUUGUGUUCAGAAGCUGGAUCCUUGUAUGGAAUAUCCUGGUCUGCUUUGCGAGCACAACUGGACGGUGUUGAGCUGAAGAAGACUUACGUGUUGAACCCAUUAGCUCCAGAAUUUAUUCCUCGUUACCUUUAUUAUUCUCCUUUACCACCUCUGCCAGUAGUACCAGCAAUGCCACCAUAUGUCAGCAUGUAUCCUCCGUACAUCCCCACAUAUCCUAUUCAUCCAGUGAUGGGGCCACAAGCAUUACCUUAUAUUCACCAAGCUCCUAUGCCUCCACAGUGGUCUCCUGUGCAUUAUAAUCAAGCCUCCAAAACACAAAUAGCUAGACCUGCACCAGGUAGGCUUGGCCAACCUCUCAUCGCACCUCACUCCUUACGUCCUGCUGUAGUUACAGCAGCACCUGCACCUUAUAUGGAUCCUCAUGGGUACGAUUAUCAGUUGCCUCCUGGAGUUCUACCAGUGUAUUCUUAUCAGCCUGGCAGUAUUGCUCACCGCAUGCCUGCAGUGAGAAGACCUACUGAACUAGACCAUUUUAAUCGUGGCACAUAUAUGCCAGCACUUCCAGCACCUUAUCAAAAUUUAAAACAAGUAGCUACUCCCAGUCUAUUGACCCAGCCUCCUGGAAUGCGGUGUUCUCGCUUUGGUCGCUCAUUAGCACUACCUACAGCUCAUCUUGGUAGGGUAACACCGCAGAGUGAAGGAGAAAAGUCAUACCAGUUCUUGAACAAUGUACAUUUUCCAGAACGCCAACUUUCUUCCAAUCCAUCUUGUAUUCUGUCUCGGUCAACACGCUCUCAAACAGGAACUGAAUCACCAUUAUCAACACAGUCUAGAGAGAGCUCUCACUCAAGUGCAAGUGAUGGGCAUGGCUCUACACAGGCACAACUUCAGCAACAGAUUGUAACCAGUUCUUCAAAUCACCCUCACAAUGAACUCCAGUCUCAGUUGCUGUCACAUAUACGACAUCAGCCAUUACAUCAGGUGCAUCCACAGUCCAAUGGUAAUGUUGGGACAGAGGACACUCCUCUUCCAACUCCUGAUGUUCCAGAUGUGGUACGGAUCAUCGAUGACCUCAUUGGGGAUCACUCUCCCACCAAGACUCUAAAUCAGUGGAGUUCAGGUGAAUCAGAGAUGGGCAACAGGGUAGAUCCUAUUCAAGGUAUGUGCCGAUCAACUUUAGAGUCUUGGUCAGGAAAUUCCCCUUGUGCCAUGAGACCACCAAAUCCAAAUAUUCGUCAUCAUAAUGCUAGUAGCCCUUGGUCAAUAAGCUCUGCUGGUGUGGGAAAAAUAGUAACAGUUCAAGAAUUAGAAGCAUCUCUGCACAAUAGACAUCAAAACCACGGAGCAAAUUUCUCAGGUUCAGUGGUGUCACGAGCGCCAGGAGGACCACCAUUUUGUACUAGAGAUGUUGAAAAACCAGUGGUCAAUAGAGAAAUGGAGGAACAACCUAUUAGAGAAAGAGUGGAAGUUCCUCCACCUCCUGGAUUCGGUGGAAUAAAUAGGUUAGUGGAUCCUAUGGCACAGUUAGAUCUUAGAGAAGUUAAUCCAGUUGGUUAUCGAACUCCUAGCCUUCCACUGUAUCUAAGACGUGGAAGCCGAGAAACUUCAUCUGGUAGUGUACGAAACUCUCCUCAGAAUUCACAGACUGUUAUACCAAAUAAUAACAUCAAUACUUCAGCUUCAGCUGUGUGGCAUAGUAGUGGUGAUAAUUUAAACUCUUCUGUAUCUUCACAUGGAGAAUUUGGUCUAAGAAAUAUAUCGUGUUCUCUUGGGGUAUCUCCAUCAGUUGCACUUAAUGCACACAACCAGGACAAUAAAACGUAUGCUGGUGUUUUACGUUCUUCACUACAACCAUCAGCUUCAGAUAAGAGAGAUGAUGCAAGUUUUUCUCUUAAGGAUUUGGCAGAGAAAAAAAUGUAUGCAUCAAAUAAUCAUCUCUACCAGUAUUUUCCAUAAAUAUUCAAGUGGUCUAUGGAAGUGCUGUAGAAUUUAUCAUUCUUCUACGAUGUUUCUACUGUCAGUAUUUAUUUAGGUAUUACAAAAAAUGCAUGAUCAAUAUUUUGUACUACUACAUAUUAGCUCUAGUUUUAAUGCAUGACUUCUGUUGCAAGUGACUUCAAUUCAUUCAUGUGAAUGAGUUGUAUUUGUUAGGAUUUAAAGUACAAAAAGGAAAAAUACAAAUAGAUUUUAUGAGUGUAGAAUUUAAAAAAUAUGUUGUCAGAACAAUUUUUUUUGUUAAUGUCCAGUUAACACCAAUAUUUGUGUUGCCGGACAAAUUAAUGUGUCAAAUACCAGAGAUUUUGUUUUAUUUUUGUUACCCAUGAAAAGUGCAAUCUUUCAUAUAAUUUCAUUUUGAGAAUAUAGUAACAUAAGUAAUCUUUUAGUGCAGGUGAUAAAGUGGAAAGUAUAUGAUGUUGUCAUCGCUCAUUUACCAGAGGAAAUUUGAGAUAUUUAGCAUGGAGUUGUCUUGAAUAUAUGUACCUGAUGGUUCUUCUACCUUCUCUCUCUCUGGGACCAAUGCUAAUUAGUUCAUUCUGAAUAUGUUCUGCAGUAUUUGACACUCUAAUGUUAUUGUUGAGGCUGCAGUUAUUUGAUUCAUUUUGGAAAUGAAAAAGUAGGAAAGCAUAGGUAUAAAUGUUUUGGGUUGGGGGGGGGGUUAUGUUUUGGGCAAACUUGAUUUGAAAGCAUCGAGUAACUCUCUUAAAUUAUCUCUUAUUUCAUUAAUUCAUUUUGUUUAAGAAUUGAUUUUAUAAUCGUGUGAACUUUCUGUACAGUUUUCUUAUUUCUUUUGUAUAAGUAAGAAAAUCUAAAAAAAAAAAAAAUAGGAUUUAAGUUUGGAUCUUUAUUCAUAAUUAUAAGUGUUUUAAAAAACUUGUCACUUUCUGAAGGGAAAAUAUAUAUACAUACAGCAAGAGACCAUAAUUUCUGCAUUCUCACCAGUACAGUACCUAAUUUUAGCAUAUUUCUGGUUCAUGCAUUAACAAGAUAUUGGUUUUAUUUUAUCAUUAAAUUAAAAAUCCAUUUGUAAUAUUAAGAGGGUCAUGUAUCAUGGUUUCAAGUUAAAUCAGUUUUCAAGAUGAGGUCAUCCACCAAAAAAUAAAUAAAAUAAUUCAGUGUGUGAGUGUACUGUAGAUAAGUUGUCUAAAAUAUUUUAGUUAAAAAUGCUCUGUGCAUCCAUAAAAAAAAAAAAUAUAUUGAAGGGUUUUGCCAUUCCUUCCCUACCCUAUUUAUUUUCUGUUUUGUAAUUACAGUACUGUAUUAUGCUUCUUGUAAAAAGCUCAUAUUUUGUAAAGCAAUAUCUUUGUAGUAUGAAUUAUUCAAAAAUGUUUCCCUAAUUUUUUUUUCAAAACUGAUUACAAUUUUUCUUUUUCUGAGACUGUAACUUCCGACCUCCUUUCAUGUACUGUACUAUAAUUUAUUCUGACGUACAAAGAAAAAAUCCUAGCUAAUAAUAGUCAAUUUGUUUUUCUUAUGUUGAGGCUGUUUACUUUGGUUGUUAAGUUUCAGAUUGAUUUAAUGUAUUGUUUAACUCAUAGUGAUCAAAUUUUAUAUACUGUACCUGUAUACCACUUAGAUCUGAAUGAUGUAGGGUGUCUGGAGAAUAGAGUAAGGAAUGAAAACGUCAUGGGAUAGUUCUGGAGUGCAAGAUUCAAUAAAUUGUAUGAUUGAGGAAAAGUGUAAUGAGAUGGUUUGGGCAGGAUGAACAAAUGAACGAUGCAAAGAUUUUGAGAGUUUGUGACAGUAGGGAGAGGAAAAAAAAAAGACAGGCAGAAGGGUAGUUGUGGCGAGGAAGUGGGAGGAUCGAGUGUGGACAAAGGACACAACAGUUUGGAAGGUGGGAGUGGAUAUGUAUGUAUAUAAUGAAUAACGGUUCACGAGGAGCACCAAACUUGGUCUCGUGAAGUGGUUCGGAGAUGCUGUGGAUAAUUUGUCGAGAGUGGUAGUGCAGUUUUAUCUGUGAAGUUACAAUAUUGUGAAUUAUUUGACGAAUAGUAAAUAGAUUUGUCUUUUUACUCCUUUAUCUAUAAUCAUCUUUCACUGAAUGCUGGCAGUACUGUGUUGUUCCAUUUUCUCUCAGGGCAACCACCACAUGAUACUGGGAAAUGGGAUAAAGAUGAUAGCUGGAUCUAGUUUGUUUCUUAAAGAGCUGUUCAUUGAUACAUGCAUAAUGUUUCUGCCUUUGUUUUGAUGUUUGUAAAAUUUAAGUUAUCAUUAUCAUCCAUAUAUGGCAUUUGCAGGCAUUCUGUUUGAAUAUUUACCGAUUAUAUAAUCUUUGUCUUCUUCAGAGCACUUCUUAGUUACCUAAAUUGUUUUACAGUAUUUAGGUUUGUAUUUGAAUUACUUAUCGUCAUAUUAUAUAUCUUUAUUAUUUGAUCUGUCUUAGGAAAAAAAUAGUUAAAUGUUUUUAUUUUUUUAUUGAGGAUAAUGUUCUUCUAAGUUGAGUUUCUUUCUCUUUGACUUUAUUUCUUAUUGAAUUUACUGCUGUGAAUUUUUUAUUUAUUCAUUGUACUUUGAACAGAAGCUGGCCUUCGACACCAUGUGUCCACCAUGUAAAGCAAUAACUUCUUUACUUCUAUUUUCUUUACUCCUGUAUCACUAGUGCCCAUCAUGUAUCAGCCUUUACAAACUAGAUGUGAGCUUCUUGCUUAUUUUAGUUUAAAAUACAAUGUCCACUAUUUAACAUGACAGACAAGGGUAUUUUCUGGGUGACUUGGUUUUAGGUUCUGUGUUUUGUUUUUAUAUAAAGUCAAAUGCUAUGGACAACUUAAUGAUAUACUAUAAAAGCUGUGGUGAUUGCCUAAUAACCAAGACAGUACAGUAUUAAACUUUCCAAGAUUUUAGUAUGAACUCCUUGCCAGAAAACCAUAGCCAGUGGGAUACUCAAUGAAUCUCAGCUUGAAUCUAUUUUGUGGAGCAGUAGCUGUAAGCAUUUUUUUGCCUUCUCUUUUUGCAAUGAUUUAGCAACAGUGAUUCCUAUAUAUGCUUUUAAGAUUAGGUUAGUGCAUGUGUGUGUGGGAGUUUUAAUCUAUUUCUGCUUACCAAAUACAGACACCAGCCCACAGUUCCAUCUCUUGGAACUGACAGGAUAAAAUGCACACACACACACACCUUCUCCCACACCCUUACCCAUCGUCCAUUCACAUGCCCUAAAGCAAACUUGUGCUCAUAUAUGUGUGUGUGAAAGGCAUGAUGGACUAUGUAACCGACAAAUGCUCAGAAGCUGGAAAUUCAUUCCAACAUUGCAUUAUCAAACUCAUUUUGAGCAUAAUGGAAAAAAAUCUUAUGUUUAGCUAUAAAAAGAAAAAUAAUAUGUUUAGCCAUAAAAAAAAAAAUAUGUAUUGUUUUACAUUUUGUAUUCAGUGCUCAUGAUCCUUUUAAGAAUUUCACUAAAACUUUUCUUAACCAUAAUUUUUGCUCAAAAUUCAUCACAAAAUGUUUUCUGUAGUAUUUUCAGUUAAUAAAAGCAUGCAUUCACAUUUCCUGUAUUUUGAGUUGACAUUGUGGGAUAAUAUUCAGUAUUUGCAAUGAAUAUCAAUUGUUGUAAGUAGAGAAAAACUUUUGAGUGAACACACACCAAAAACAAAGCUUGGGCCGUAGCACUUAGGGUAGCAGUUCAGGAAAGUGCAGUUUGUCAGCAACUGGAGUCGAGGGAGGUUUGUCAUACAGAAAAUGCAUAAACUAGCAGACAGGAAAGGAAUGGUCAACAGAUUUGAAUAGUUUGUGGUUGAAUUGUGGGCUGUUGGCUGUAUUAAUAGUUUGAAAUAGUCUUUUUGGUCUUGUUAUUCAGUAUAUUAAAAUUAUAUUUUCUUUUCCUUUAGCAGUUUAUAUUGUUUAGUAUCUGGGAAAUGUAUUUUAGGCAUCGUUUCAUGUAAGUGCAUGAUAGUUCCUGCUGUAGUGAUGGUGUAUUAUAUACAGCUCCACUUAGUCUAAAGCAUGGCAGUCAUGUCCUACAAAAUGGAGAGUUUUAUUUCUGGUUCUUCUUGUAAUCUUGAGCUGUUUAUAAACUUGUUUACAUUAAAAUUGGUAUAUCUCGGCUUGUUUUAGUCCACUGAGAUUUCUUGUCGUAAAAUGUUUCUGCUUUGCAAUAACCUCUUAGCUCUUGAUAUUAUUGGUUGUUCUAUCAAACUGUACGAUGUAAAUUUUAAAAAUUGUAUCUGGAUUCCUUUAAACUUUUAGAAAAAUACUAUUGCAUUUAAAUUAUUAGAAUUUUUAAUUCUAAUUUAAACCAUAAUUCAGCAUUAGGUUUUAAAUUUGAAUUUGAAACCUUUGGUUAUUGAGAAUGUCAUCACCUCCAUCAAAGAAGGAACAUCUGCCAUCUUUAAAAAGAAUUUAUUAGAUUUGUCUCCUCAGUGAAAUUGAGAAGUAUAAUUUUUAAUCUAUAUGUUUAGGCUUUGUUUCUGCAG